AUGGCUAAAUGGGAUUCCAAAAACCUGGAAAUUAAGAGCAAAUCUGUGGAACUAACUCUUGUACCUUUGGUUACUCAAGUAAGGGUGGCUGUCGCAUUUUGACCUUUGAUGAACAAGAGGACAUUAUAAAACUUUUCAGCAGAGAUCUAUUCUUUAGCGAAGGAGAAUCUUCACUUUAGCUUAUUUUUGUUUCAUCAUGGAAUUUAUAUUUUAAGAUAACUUUUGCACUUCUCAGUGUGUUUUCGGCCAUUUUCGAGCGGUCUUUAACAUGGUGCUUUAUUAUUUUUCGCGUCGUAGAUUACAACCUUAGUUAACCACAAAGACCACGGACGCAGAACAGACCGAGCGAGAAAAGCAAUUCACGAAAUUGGAAAAGUUGUAGCUAUUGCCGUGGAGCGAUUUGUAAAUGUUGGGGAGCAAAUCGCUGAAGAAAACGAAGAUGUGGCGAAUGAAAUGCGGGAAGCAUGUGAAGAAGCUAAAAAAUCAGGACAAGCUAUUUUAAAUCUCACUUCAUCAGCCGGAGCGGAAUCUACGAGCGGCGAUGAUGGCGUGAACUUAGCUGAUAAGAAUGGGAUGGUUCGUGCGGCACGUUCCCUGCUUUCCGCCGUUACCAGAGUUUUGAUCAUUGCAGACUCUGUUGUUGUGAAAAGACUGUUAAAGGCGGUCAAAAAGGUAAAGAGCUUACAAAAAUCCCGCGACGUUAGCUUAAAUUUCAUGCAUUUUGUCUCGCUGAUGGACAUUCGCAAGGUCGCUAAGAUUGUUAAUUGAAGAUCAUUUGUUCGUUACAAUUGCUGUUGGCUGGUUCGACCUAUUUAAGCAAUGAAUGAAAAAUCUUAGCGCUAAAAAAGUUUAUUUUUUCAAUAACAUAUAAAGUUGGAUGUAUUUUCAAGCCAAUUGACGUCAGACAUUUGUUUAUUUCUUAAUUCAAGCACCCGCAACAAAGAGUAAGCUAGAGUUCUUUACUAUAUUUCCUCUAAACAAUUCUCCUGCUUGAGUAACAGUAACUUUCCCUACUCUUUGAAAAUAUUGCAAGUUAGUUUGGUCCCUUGUUAUUUAAUUGAGUUUUAAGGAAAAUAGACUGCUAUAAAUUCUGCUGUCUUUUACGUAUUAUUUGCAAAUAUUUUAUGCAUGUAAAUCGAGAAUCGUAGCAAUAUUGGUAUGCUUGAAAAUAAUAUUAGCGGAACGUUUGGGGCGGUUUUUAAGAGCAUCCGGAGAUCUGUUGAGGAAGUAUCCAUUAAAAUUCUUCCGCAGAUUUCAUUCUCAAACAUGAUCUGGUGUUUUAUAAAUGUUAUUUAAAGCGUUUUAGCUUUAAAUAACAUCUUUUGCAAAUUUUUGCCUAACUUUUUUGAAAAUAUUGAAUAAUUGGAUUAACAUUAUUGUAUCUCUAAACAAAUUAUGCCCACCUAAACCGACAUAUGGUUUUCUUUGUAAAUUCCCCAGAAAAACUGUUUGCAAACAAGUGAAGAAUACCUUUUCAAAACCCAAAAGGUUGUUUACCCAACUUUAUUCUAGUUUAAAAUUUAAGUUUGGAAGAUUUCUGCUUAUUGGUGAUUCUCUCUAAGCACCAAGAUAUUUUGAUACAUUUUUUCAUGGUGGUAGAUAUACAGAGGUCACAAUUUUCUAGUGUUUUGAUAAGGGGAUGAUUUGAGCAUUUUCGAGUGACUUUUCAAUUACCUGUUUUUAAGGCAUUUAAUUUGAACACUCAUGUGUUAAACAAAUAGGAGUUGUUUGUAAUUUUAAUCCACCUCAACCAUUACAAUGCUUGCCAGUUUGCUAUGUUAAUCUCUUUAAUUAAAUCAUGUGACCGAUGGGCUUUAAAUCUGAAUAAAUCGAGAUGCAAGAUGUUGUGUUUUUAAACUUAAGUGCAUGACUUAGGUUCUUAUAGUUAAACCCAUAAAACAAACUCCAACUCAAAAACUUGAAGGUUUGUAUGGUUUUCAUCAGAUCCCAUUCAAUUAAGAAGUACUUUUUACCACUUUCUCAAGUACUUUUAUUGUUUUUAGGUUUGAUAUUCUUUGGACUUANCGAGUGACUUUUCAAUUACCUGUUUUUAAGGCAUUUAAUUUGAACACUCAUGUGUUAAACAAAUAGGAGUUGUUUGUAAUUUUAAUCCACCUCAACCAUUACAAUGCUUGCCAGUUUGCUGUGUUAAUCUCUUUAAUUAAAUCAUGUGACCGAUGGGCUUUAAAUCUGAAUAAAUCGAGAUGCAAGAUGUUGUGUUUUUAAACUUAAGUGCAUGACUUAGGUUCUUAUAGUUAAACCCAUAAAACAAACUCCAACUCAAAAACUUGAAGGUUUGUAUGGUUUUCAUCAGAUCCCAUUCAAUUAAGAAGUACUUUUUACCACUUUCUCAAGUACUUUUAUUGUUUUUAGGUUUGAUAUUCUUUGGACUUAAAAGUCAAGUUAAAAGCAUUUGUGAGUCCUAACAGUUUUCAGCUUCAAAUUUACUAUUUCACUUUCAAAGUGACAAUUUUGAAAACAUAAAAUUAAUAGAGUGUUGCUCUUCAUUGUUUAUCAUCAAAAUGUGCAGCAAAAUAUACAGCAAUGAGUUCCUGAAAACUCCUUUCGCCUUUUCUUUCUGUCUCUAUGGGACUUUGAUUAAAACAGAGUUUCAAUGAUGUGUCAGUCUUAACACAAAAACUAAAUGUUGUUGUCUUUAUUACUUAACUAUUCAACUAUUCCACAGGUGGAUGAUAGGCUGAAGGAACUAGAAGAUGUGAAUACAUUUACUGAUUUUGUGCAAGCAUUUAGCCAGUUUGGUUCUGAUAUGGUGGAGUUGGCUCAUUUAUCUGGGGACAGACAAAAUGUAGGUAUACCAUAUUUAUUUAAUGCCUUGGAAUUAAGUGCCCUGGGCGCUUAUUAAUUUUUUGGACCUUAUUUGAAGUAGGCAGUUAUUCAAAGUUGGGCACUUAUUGUCACACUGAAUCAGGGCUUUCAGUGGCAGGCUAAUAAUGAAUAGUAGGUAGCUUUGGAACUCGCACCAAAGUCACAAGUUCUUGAGGGCCAAGGCAUCUAGGGACAUUUUGAAAUUUAGAGUCUCGGAAAUGGCGUUUGCAGGUUUUUUUUUUCCAGCGCAGAAUCCAUGUUGUUUCGUUAGAACACACUCAAGACUGGGAACAAUGCCAUCGAAAUGACCAAGGCAUUCCAUGACAUCACAUGGUUCGAACGUUUCACAGAUCUAAACCUGUUUAAAUAUGCGUUUAAUGUCAUUCAAAACUGAGAAAAGGGACGCUGUACAAUUUUAUUCGAUGGUGCUUAUUUUUUGUUAGCAGUUAUGGUAGAAAGUGAUGAAAGUAGCCUGCUAAGGAUGGCUAACUAGGCGGCAGUUUUGGCCAGCUAUCGGCCCUUAUUGACAGCCCUGAUUGAAUGCUGUUGGCUCCAUUAAACCCCUCUCCUAUGUGAACAGGUCUGGAGGCCCAUUUGCAAACAGUAUUUAACUGAUGAAAGCUGUAAUGUUGAUACUAUGAAAAGUUAUUUUCUUUUAUUUUUGCAGGACUUGAAAGAUGACACCUUAAAAGCUGAGAUGGGUGCCGCCAGAUCAGUAUUGGAAAAGUCUACAAUGAUGUUACUAACAACGUCUAAGGUAUUCAGUUACUAAAAAAAUUGUCCUGAGACUUUGAGUUGGGUACAGCUAUAGGUUGAAAAAAACUCUUUAAACAGAUCAGACAUGGCAAAGUAUAGCAGUCCAAUUUCAGGUAGAGAGUAUGGUAAACUUUAUUUUGCACAAAAUGUAGUGAGUAAUUUUUUGUGGAACUGAUUGCAACAAAUUUGAUUCAAGUGAUUUUUAUUUGAUACUAAUGUGGUUUAAUUUGUUUAUGUAAUGUCUUGUUAAGACCUGUUUGAGGCAUCCAGACUCAAGAUCCGCAAAGGGAAACAGGGAAGGUGUUUUUAAAAAAAUGAGAGAAGCUAUGGCAACAAUAACAUCUGUUGUUCAAGAUGAACCUAAAGAAGAGUCAGAAAAUGGAGGGUUAGCAAUGGAUCUUGGAAAUUUUGAGGUAAGC